GAGGCAGCGUGAGUGUAAAUACAACAAGCUGUUAUUUUCCUGUCAGAAAGUCAGUAAGUAAGUUUUCUAACUGCGUGAUGUAGAGGGAGGAAUGAACUUCGGUCCAUACAGAGACACUGAGAGAAAAGGGGGAGAUUGAAUAGCGGUGUGUGUGUGUGUGUGUGUGUGUGUGUGUGUGUGUGUGUGUGUAUGUGUGUGUGUGCGCGCGCGUGUGUCCGUUUAUGUGUGACUUCUUGUAAAUGGAGCGGGGAGGAGCAACUGAAAAUGAAAGUGUUCAGUCAGUUUAAAAUCCAAGUGGAUAUCUCAGCGGGAGGGAAACAAGAGAAGGCUGAGGCAGCGUGAGUGUUAAUACAACAUGUAUUAAAGAUGAAGAUUUUGGCCUCUUGAAUGUGUUACUGCUCUCCCUCUCAGACAGACUGAAGUCCAGAAGAUGAGUGUUUGCGUGGAGGAAGAAGACAGAACAGAGUCUCCAGGAUCCAGCUGUGUGUCUAUGAAGAGUGACCAGUCCAAACACUUACCUGAAGAAUUCAGUAAUGAACCUGCAGCCUCAGACACAAAGGAGAGGACAAAGAGCAGCGUUACUACGGAGCAGCUGCUGUUGUUCUGUGCUCUGUGUCAGGACGUCCUGAAGGAUCCAGUCUCUACUAGGUGUGGGCACCGGUUCUGCAGACAGUGCAUCACCUCAUACAGGGACCAGUCUGAUUCAUCAGGACACUUCUCCUGUCCCCAGUGUGGACAAAGAUUCAGAACAAGAACUGGACCGCAGACAGUCAGUCAGACCAGCACUGAACAAACAGAUGGUGGUCUGCAGGAGCUUUUACAUCAACAUAAGAUCAGUCUGAGCAGCAGAUGUGAACGUGUGACUGAAGGAACUGAUGGAACAGGAAGUCAAACCCUCCUCAACAGGAUCUACACUGAGCUCUAUAUCACAGAGGGGCAGAGUGAAGAGGUUAAUACCCAACAUGAGGUGAGGCAGCUGGAGACAACUUCCCAGAAGAAGACCCUCCAUGACGCUCCAAUCAGGUGCCACGACAUCUUUAAAGCCUUACCUGUCCAGCAGAGACCCAUCAGAGUGGUUCUGACGACCGGCGUCGCUGGUGUUGGAAAAACCUUCUCGGUGCAGAAGUUCUCUCUGGACUGGGCGGAGGGCUUGGAGAACCACGAUGUCGGUCUGCUGGUUCUGCUUUCGUUCAGGGAGCUGAACCUGAUCAGAGAUCAGCAGUACAGUCUUCUCAGGCUGCUCCAUGUUUUCCAUCCAACAUUACAGAAGGUCACAGCAGAGCAGCUCGCUGUCUGUAAAGUUCUGUUCAUCUUUGACGGCCUGGAUGAAAGCAGACUGUCACUGGAUUUCAACAACAGGAAGUCUGUGUGUGAUGUCACACAGGAGUCAUCAGUCAACGUGCUGCUGACAAACCUCAUCAGGGGGAAUCUGCUUCCCUCAGCUCUCAUGUGGAUAACUUCCCGACCCGCAGCAGCCAAUCAGAUCCCUCCUACAUGUGUGGACAGGGUAACAGAAGUCCGAGGCUUCACUGACGCCCAGAAGGAGGAGUACUUCAGGAGGAGAUCCAGUGAUGAAGAGCUGUCCAGCAGAACCAUCUCACACAUCAAGACGUCCAGGAGCCUCCACAUCAUGUGUCAAGUCCCAGUCUUCUGCUGGAUCACUGCUACAGUUCUGGAGCACAUGUUGACCACAGACCAGAGAGGAGAGCUGCCCCAGACCCUGACUGACCUGUUCUCACACUUCCUGCUGGCUCAGACACAGAGGAAGAAGAACAAGUACCAUGAGGGACGUGAGACGAGUCCACAGGAGCUGACGGAGGCUGACGGGGAAGUUCUUCUGAAGCUGGGGAGGCUGGCGUUUGAACAUCUGGAGAAAGGAAACAUCAUGUUCUACCAAGAAGACCUGGAGCAGUGUGGUCUUGAUGUCACAGAUGCCUCGGUGAACUCAGGACUUUGUACUGAGAUCUUCAAAAGAGAGAGUGUGAUCUUCCAGAAACCAGUCUACUGCUUUGUUCAUCUGAGCGUGCAGGAGUUUCUGGCUGCAGUCUACAUGUUCCACUGUUACACAGAAAGAAAGAGACUGACAAACAUCCUGCAGGACUACCUGGAAAAAGACCACAGUGACCCAUCUCUGGAUGUUUUUCUUAGAAGAGCCACGGAGAAAUCCCUUAACAGUAAAAAUGGCCACCUGGACCUGUUUGUCCGCUUCCUUCACGGCCUCUCUAUGGACUCCAACCAGAGACUCUUAGGAGGUCUGCUGGGUCAGACAGAGAACAGUCCAGGAACCAUCCAGAGAGCCAUCACCAACCUGAAGGAGAUAAACAGAGAUACAAUCUCUCCUGACAGAAGCAUCAACAUCUUCCACUGUCUGAUGGAGAUGAAGGACCAAUCAGUUCAUCAGGAGAUCCAAGAGUUCCUGAAGUCAGAGAACAGAUCAAGGAAGAAACUGUCUGAGAUCCACUGCUCAGCUCUGGCCUACAUGCUGCAGAUGUCAGAGGAGGUUCUGGAUGAGUUGGACCUGGAGAAGUACAACACCUCAGAGAUGGGACGACUGAGGCUCGUUCCAGCGGUGAGGAACUGCAGAAAGGCUCGACUUACUGAUUGUGGACUCUCAGUGACUCAUUGUGAAGUCGUGGCCUCAGCUCUGACGUCCAGCCCUUCCCAUCUGCAAGAGCUGGACCUGAGCAACAACAACCUGCAGGAUUCAGAAGUGAAGCUGUUGUCUACCGGACUGGAGAAUUCAAACUGCAGACUGGAGGCUCUGAGAUUGGUGAACUGCAGUUUGUCAGAGAUCAGCUGUGCGUCUCUGGCCUCAGCUCUGAAGUCCAACCCCUCCCACCUGAGAGAACUGGACCUGAGUCUCAACAAGCUGCAGGAUUCAGACCUGAAGGAGCUCUGUGGUUUUCUGGAGAAUCCAGACUGUAGACUGGAGACUCUGAGAUUGAUGGACUGCAGUUUGUCAGAGAUCAGCUAUGGUUUCCUGGCCUCAGCUCUGAAGUCCAACCCGUCCCAUCUGAGAGAACUGGACCUGAGUCACAACAAGCUGCAGGAUUCAGGAGUGAAGGAGCUCUGUGGUGUUCUGGGGCAUGCAGACUGUAGACUGGAGACUCUGAGAUUGGUGGACUGCAGUUUGUCAGAGAUCAGCUGUGCUUCUCUGGCCUCAGCUCUGAAGUCCAACCCCUCCCGUCUGAAAGAACUGGACCUGAAAGGAAACAAGGAUCAGGAUUCAGGAUUGACGCUGCUGCAAGGUUUUCUGGAGAAUCUGAGAUGGAAGCGAUGAUCUGUUUAAAUGUGAGUGGUCGAGGCGCCGACUGGGCCAUGUUACUGGGAGGUAAUAGAGUGGAGAGGAGAGCUUCACUCUGAGACUCUUGACUCUCAGUGCUGUAGCCUGAACUGAUCUGAGAACAGCUCCACUGUCAGACACACGUUCAGUCCACCAUCAUCCCUGUGUGUUCCUCUAGAUCAUCAUCAGUGAAUGUGGACUGCUCCGCUGCUGCUCCGCCCUUCUACACACUCUCUGCAGACACACUGAGACUCCUCCACCUCCUCCACCUGGACUUUAUCUGCUCUCUUUUAUUUAUUUAGAUAUUGUGAACCCAAACUGACUGCAGAUCAGUUCUGUUUAUGACAACAUAGCUGUAGAUUCACACUAAAUGGUCUCAAGGCUGAACCUAUGUAGAAUCAGAUGCUUUUACAGUAUUGUUUCAUGUUGCAGUCCCACCAUGUAGAAUGAUUAUUGUACUGUAUAUUUUGUAAUUAUAGCCAUAUUUUUGUAUUAUAGUUCAUUUCCACAUGACAUUUCUAAACAAUCUUGGCUCCUGAAAACCACUUCAGCUCAUUCAAAACUCGUUCUCCUCCAUAUACACAAAGCUUUAAUGAGCUACGACCAAGUUAUAUUGUUAGCUCCCUGACUAACGAUACAGUAAACUACACCUCCAAGAACACUGACACUCAUCAGCCUUUAUCAAUUACUCCCCGAAGCUGUGGAACACACUAUGUAUAGAUAUCGGAGGAGCCAUCUCACUUAAUAAUAUUAAUAUUUUGUUUUAUUGACUUUGACUUGAUUUUUAUGGAUUGCACUUUUACUAGCGAAAGUGUAAUUUGUUCUAUUUUUAUUGAUUUUAUUGCUGACUGACGGGUUGCUUGAUUUUAAAAUAUUUAUGGCUUCAUUGAUUUUUUUUAUUUUGUUUUCAUUACUGUCUUGCUGGUGACACUGCUUCUAGUUUUAUUUGCACUAUAAUAUAAAGACACUUAUUCUAUUUAUGAAUGCUUGAAUUAACUCUGUUGCCUUGUAUGACCUGCCUGUCUUAUCCUGCUGCUCUGUGUGAAACACUUUGUAACAUCCCUUUAGAAAAGCGAUUCAUAAAUAAAGAUAAUUAGGAGUCCAUGCCCAAGUUGCGACUCCUACAGUAAUCACUCAGAUUUUCGAUAUUAUUUUUAUUUUUCUGUUGAUAAAUGUGGUACUGCACCGUAAAAGUUAUGUAAGUGAAAUUAUCAGGGGUGGUAUAGAAUGGUCCACACAUCCACGAGCAGGUGCUGCUAUAAUCAAAGGGUGUUUUGGCCAGUAACUCCCACAUUGUACAUUCAAAAACUUUACAGCCACAUGUUCCCUGAAUGUAGCCGAAUCUCUUGAUAUAGGCCAUUACCAUUUCCACCUAUUCCACAAAACUUGAUGAGAUGCAUAAGGCACAAAAAUGUGCAAAAGUGUGUUUCCAAAUCUUAAAACCAUUAAGUCAGGUACUUUUGCCAUGAUGUUAAAUGACAAAAUACUAUUUAUAAAAACUAACAUACUAUUUUAAGCCAUUUUUCCUUAGAACAUGGCAAUUUUCAGGUCUGUAUUCAACAACUUGACAUUUGUAUCUAAAAUAACACCAAUAAAUGUAAUGUUUCUUAUCAAAUCUUUAUUAUUGUCAGGAUUAUAUGUGUGUCUCUAUAAAAAUAAGAUUUAAAAAAUAAAUAAAUAAAAACAUGCUUUUUUCUGUAGAAAUGUAAUGAUUCGUGUGUGUCCCUCAUUUUGAUCUACCACCCGUCACACAUGUCUAUAAAACAUCACAAAGAGGAAGUGACAUCAUUUGAGGCUUUGGAGCAGACAGGAACUAAAGCAGGCAAGUUCUGACCAGCACAUAGAAAAUGUCUAAACAGCUGGUCUGUUUUCUCAUCAGAGGAAGCUGAACUGAAGUGGUUUUCUGGCAUCAUCAUCAUCAUCACCAUCAUCAUCGCAGCCCAUUUGAGAACUAAUGAUGUCCGUGCAGUCUCCUUUGUCCAUACAUGAGGUCCUCCUUCUGUUGGCACCAGUCAAUCAGUUUUCAGUAGACCCGUAGACUACGUCCCUUUUUAUAUACAGUCUAUGACUACAGCAGUUUGAAUCUGAAGCUGGGGAACAAUAGUCUAGACAUCCUCCAGCAUCUGAUUAGUCUCCUCUGAGUCAGGAUGUACAUCCUGCAAGGCCUUUCCAGUCUGACGGAAUAGGUAAUCUAUACCUAUUAGCUCCCCUGGGACAGACAAGACAAUAAUAGAGAGAGGAAAAUAAGCUUUCACAAAAUUCAUAAAAAAAGAUUAUUCUAUUUAAUGGAUAUAACAAAUAGCGUCAUCAUAACUGAAAGCUAAAACUAACUAGUGUAAACAGCAGGUGGCUGAAAAGAGGGGACAAGCUUCCUUCCAAGCACCCUGACACUGUGCGUUCACGCAGUGAACAAGGUGUCCUGAGUAGCUGAGCAGGGAGGGAGGGUCGACUGCCAGAGAUGCAGCUUCACGGUCCU